AUGCGAGACAAAACGAGGGCCUUGCCUGUCUCCACAAACAAGGUGCUCCGAACUGGACGAGCAUUCACGGCGGCCCGACCCAACAGCCGGAAAGCUUGGUAUCAGGACAGUGGAAAGGUUUCUUGGUUCGGAAUCCCGUCCGUCGUUUCGAGAGAUCCUCAUGUCGAAAAUAUCUUUGAUUCUUUGCGGAACUCAUGCAAAAUGUGA